AUGGGUCUCCUGACACAACUUGGUCUGCUCCUGUGGAAGAACUUCACUCUUCGGAAGAGACAAAAGGUGCGUCUGGUGGUGGAGUUGUUGUGGCCUCUAUUCCUGUUCUUAAUCCUCGUCAGGGUGAGAUCAACCAAUCAACCCAUUUAUCAGGGCGGAUGUCAUUAUCCAAAUAUAGCCAUGCCGUCCUCCGGGGUGCUGCCUUGGCUUCAAGGCAUGAUGUGUAACAUAGGCAACCCCUGUGUAAACCAUCCCACGCCAGGAGAAGCACCAGGACAAGUCAACAACUUCAACAAUUCCAUAAUUGCUGGGAUGUUGAUCGAGCUGCAGUCACUUCUGGCAAACAGAUCCAUCCUAAACAAAUUCCAGAGGCUUUCAGAAGAUGUGGACCAUUGGGCCUUGAUUAUACAGACAUCUAACCCUGCAAACGGUCAGCCCAUUCCUCUGAGAAGUAUCCUAAAUGACAAUGAAAUGUUCACCGCAUAUCUGAAGAAGAACUUGUCCAUGCCAUUGACAGUAGUCAACAGUCUGAUGAACUCAAAUAUUCAACGGAAUGAGAUGAUGGGCAUUUCAAGGCAAGACGACCUGAGAACCACCCUCUGCAAUGGAACAACUCUUGAUAGAUAUGUGGAAUUCACCAGCGUGUCUGACAAGGAGGCCUUUCAGAAUGUCAGCUGCUCCCUCCCAGCACAAAAGAUGAGACGAGCCAAGGAAGUUUUCCUACAAAACCUGGAUACAAGGAAGAUACUCACCAAUAUGAACAAGUUGCAGAACUCAAUGUUGUUCAAGUCCGCUAACACGCUGGAUUUCAAAGCGGAUGCGUUUGGUAGUCUGAACAUGCUACUAUGUGGCAAAUCUCCAGACUCCAACUCCACAAAUACCACCAUGAAUUUCUCUGCUUCUGGACUGAUGAAGAAUGACACAGAAAACAGUGAAUUACCUGAUGCCAGGAACCGCAGUUCCACUGGCUCAUCGGGCUCCCAUGCCUCAGCUGCCUCGACGGGUUCCCGCGCCUCGGCAAAGGCGGCUGGCCCGCUCCUGGUCCCCGGGAUCGUCCUUCUGGUCGGCGUCCUGCGGCCGGAGCCACGCAUCAGUGCCUUCUGCAAAAUAUUGAUUGAUACUCUUGAGGGAACUCCUGGCCUACGUGUUGUCUGGAGUACGUUUCGGCCCCUAAUCCAAGGGAAGGUCCUCUACACCCCUGACACACCUGCCACUCGACUAAUGGUGAAAGAGGCAAAUAGCACAUUCAAUGCAUUGGCCAUGAUAAAAGAGCUGGCGGAAGCUUGGGAGGAUUUCGGACAUCUUGUUUGGGACUACUUUCAAAGUGGCCGCCAAGUCAAUGCACUGCGGGCCCUGCUGGAUAACCCUGUGUUUGUAGCCUUGCUCAACCAACGGCUCAAAGGCACAAGAUGGACGGCAGAACUGCUCGCCAACGUCCUGUACAAUGGGUCCCCCGAGGGUCGCCCCACGGGCAUGCCGCCGAAUGACUGGCGCAACGUGUUCAACGCCACCAGCCAAAUCCUGGACCUCCUGAAGAAGUUCAUUGGGUGCUUGAACCUGGAUAAGUUUGAGGCUGCCGACAGUGAGAGACAUCUCAUGACUAGAGCCUUGGAGCUUCUAGAGAGCAAUAGGUACUGGGCUGGUAUCGUUUUCGAAGACCUCAACCCUGCCGCCAGCCACCCCCCUCCUUACGUCAAGUACAAGAUCCGCAUGGACAUUGAUAAGGGGGAGCGUACGAAUAAGAUCAAAGAAAGGGGAUGGUCUCCUGGGGCCCGUGGCAACUCCUUUAACGACCUGCGCUAUAUAUGGGGAGGCUUCGCCUAUCUGCAGGACAUGAUGGACCAUGGCAUAAUACGGGCGCACACAAACAAAUCCCAGCCGCUCGGCGUGUUUGCCCAGCAAAUGCCAUAUCCCUGCUACGUGGACGACGUCUUCAUCCAGAGCAUUGGAAACAUGCUUCCCAUGUUCCUAGUGCUGCCGUUCAUGUACACCGUCUGCAUGACCAUCAAGGGCCUCAUCCUGGAGAAGGAGGCGCGUCUGAAGGAGACCGUGAGGAUGAUGGGGCUGAGGAGCUCCACCUACUGGCUGAGCUGGGCCGUGUCCAGCAUGCUGCCGCUGGCUGUCAGUGCGCUCCUCCUCACCCUCAUCCUCAAGUAUGGGAAGGUGCUGCAGUACAGCGACCCCUCUGUGAUCUUCGUUUUCAUGCUGGUUUUCUGCAUGGCCACCAUCAUGGAGUGUUUCCUCAUCAGCGUGUUCUUCUCCAAGGCCAACCUGGCGGCAGCGUGCGGUGGCCUCAUCUACUUCGUCCUCUACCUUCCACACCUCCUCUGCUAUGCCUGGAGGGACGUCUUGGGGUUCCAGGUCAAAAUCUCUGUGAGUUUGCUGUCGUGUGUGGCCUUCGGGUAUGGCUGUGAGAACUUCGCCAAGUACGAGGAGCAGGGCAUCGGUAUCCAGUGGAGUAACAUUGCCCAAAAUCCUGAGGGAGAUCGGUACAGUUUCAUCGUGUCCAUCAUCAUGAUGCUCAUCGACGCCCUCAUCUACUGGCUGCUCACUUGGUACAUCGAGAACGUCUUCCCAGGCCAAUAUGGAAUAGCCAAGCCGUGGUCCUUCCCUUUCACGGCCUCCUAUUGGUGCGGGACGUCUGCGGUGCCCAACGCUGACCCUAGUCAGUUCAAGGAUCCCAUGGAAUACAAUGGUAUAGUAGCCAAUUAUUUGGAAAAGCCCCCACCCAAUAUGAAGGCAGGGGUCUCAAUCAGGAACCUUGUGAAGAUCUAUAAAACGGGGAAAAAGCUUGCUGUGGAUGGACUUAGUGUGGACUUCUACGAGAAUCACAUCACCUCUUUCCUUGGCCACAAUGGCGCAGGAAAAACAACCACUAUGUCGAUCUUGACGGGACUGUUCGCUCCAACAUCGGGGACCGCUCUCAUAAAUGGUUACGAUAUCCGCACGGACAUGGACACCAUUAGGAAGCAUCUGGGAAUGUGCCCUCAGCACAACGUCUUGUUCAAUGACCUUACAGUAGAGGAGCACAUCUACUUCUACGCCAGAUUAAAGGGUCGAAGUCGUGAUGAAGUGAAAACGGAGAUGGACCAAAUGAUCAAGGAUGUAGGGCUGCCGCACAAACGCAAGGAACUUGCCAAGAACCUGUCAGGGGGAAUGCAAAGGAAACUGUCGGUGGCCAUCGCAUUCGUGGGAGGAUCCAACAUCGUCAUCCUGGAUGAACCCACAGCAGGGGUGGACCCGUACGCCCGGAGAGGGAUAUGGGAACUUCUGUUGAAGUACAAAAAAGGUCGCACAAUCAUCCUCUCCACUCAUCACAUGGAUGAGGCCGACAUCUUGGGAGACCGCAUUGCCAUUAUCUCUCACGGCAAGAUGUGUUGUUACGGCUCCUCCCUGUUCCUGAAAAAGUACUUUGGCAGUGGCUACUACCUCACUCUGGUCAAGGCCGGAAAUGAGCAAAUUACCAACGAGCGCAGCGGAGUCAAGCAGGGCCAGGUGAAAGAGAAAGAGGAGACUGAUGAGACCUUGAGGAGAACCAGUCUGGAUGAAGGGAUUGCAAGCCAGAACUGGAGCAACUCUGACCCCACAGAGCUUACAGCUGUCAGUAAGCUGGUGCGUCGGCAUGUUCCCGAGGCAGUGUUCCUGGAGAGCAUCGGCCAGGAGAUCACCUACAUCCUGCCCUACAGCGGGGCCAAGGAUGGCACCUUCGCCCUCCUUUUCAAAGAGCUGGACCUGGAGAUGGCCGACAUUGGCUUCACCAACUACGGCAUCUCGGAUACCACACUAGAGGAGAUUUUCCUCAAAGUGGCGGAGGACACAGGUGUGGAUGUGGAAAUUCCAGAUAACAAAGCACCUUUGGUAAGAGACAAGACAAGAAGUUCAAGGGAAUCCAAGCAGCAACGGCAAAGCCUGACCAAUGUCGGGAACACUUCAGACAAAGUGACUGGGAAAAGGGCUGAAGUGAAAGCCAAGUUCACAAGCAGAGUGGAGGAUGUGGAGAGAGUGGCCAAUGUGAAUGGGAAGGGCUCCAGUGUGAUAAUGGGAUGGGAACUAAUCCGGAGACAAUUCCUGGCCCUCUUCAUCAAACGUUUCCACCACGCACGCAGGAGCCGCAAAGGCAUCAUUGCUCAGGUGAUUCUGCCAGCUGUCUUCGUCUGCCUGUCUCUCAUCUUUUCCGUCAUCAUCCCGCCUUUUGCUGAGUACCCUAAUCUGGAGCUGCAGCCAUGGAUGUACGGGCUGCCCCAAACGACAUUCUACAGCAAUGAUGGACCGCCAAAUAAUACAGAGGUUGCUCAAGUGGUGGACUCUUUGGUGAAUAAUCCUGGGUUUGGGACUCGCUGCAUGGCUAACAACCCUAUACCGAAUCUCCCGUGUGUCCCCAUUGAUUCUAAAUGGAUCACUCCCUCAGUGGAACCCUCUAUCAACAACAUCUUAAUCAACGGGACCUGGAGCAUGGCCAACCCUUCCCCUAACUGCCAGUGCAGCACUCCUCAAAAGACUAUCAUGCUACCAGAUUGCCCACCUGGAGCCGGGGGGCUGCCUCCCCCUCAGAGGACCCAGAAUACUACGGACACACUGCAGGACCUGACAGGGAGGAACAUGACAGACUUCCUCUUGAAGACGUAUGAGAAAGCAGGCAGAAAAAGGUACGGAGGGAUUUCCGUUGGAGGAGUUAACUCCCAAGUCAGGAUGACUGAACCGGAAAUUGAAGCUGUAAUCAGGGAUUUGAAAAGCCUAUUCAAUUCCCCCCAGGAUAACACGACUGAGCAGAUCCUUCUGAACGUCGAGACGCUCCUGAAAGAGCUCGGGACCAGGGAUAACGUCAAGGUGUGGUUCUACAACCAGGCGUGGCACGGGAUCGUUUCGUUCCUCAACGUGGCCAACAACGCCAUCCUGAGGGGCAACCUGCCUACGGGCCGUGACCCCAGGGAGUACGGCAUCUCCUCCUCCAGCCACCCUCUCAACCUCACCAGGGUGCAGCUCUCCUACCAGGCACUGGCUGCCACCUCCACCGAUGUGGUGGUGUCCAUCUGUGUCAUCUUCGCCAUGUCCUUUAUCCCAGCGAGCUUCGUCCUCUUCCUCAUCCAGGAGCGCGUCAACAAAGCCAAGCACUUGCAGUUUGUCAGCGGCGUCAACCCGGUCGUCUAUUGGGUCGCCAACUUCGCCUGGGAUAUAUGUAACUACAUAGUCCCGUGUCUAAUAGUCAUCGUCAUCUUCCUGUGCUUCCAACAAAAAGCCUACGUGUCCCCUCCUAACCUACCAGCUUUGAUUUGGCUACUUGUAAUGUAUGGGUGGUCUAUCACACCCAUGAUGUACCCAGCCUCGUUUAUCUUCAGUGUCCCCAGCACGGCCUACGUGGUGCUGACCUGCGUCAACCUCUUCAUCGGCAUCAAUGGCAGCUUGGCCACCUUCGUUAUGGAGCUGUUCGAUGAUGAUAAAAUCUCGCACAUCAAUGACAUUGUGAAGCAGGUGCUGCUGAUUUUCCCGCACUUCUGUCUGGGUCGAGGGCUCAUCGACAUGGGCAAGAACCAGGCCAUGGCCACUGUGUUUGAACGCUUCGGGGAAGACCGUUUCCAGGACCCCCUCAGCUGGGACAUGGUGGGGAAGAACCUGUGUGCCAUGGCCAUCCAGGGGGCAGUCAUGUUCACCAUCACUCUCCUUAUCCAGUAUAAAUUCUGCUACAAACCCAGACUGAUUUCUGGAAAGUCAUUCUCCAAGGAGGACGAAGAUGUGGACGUGGCUCGGGAACGUGCACGCGUCCAUAAAGGCGGCGCCGAGAAUGACCUGUUGAGAAUCUGCGAUCUCUCUAAGGUGUACUCAUGGAAGAACAUUCCUGCUGUGGACAGGGUGUGUUUGGGCGUUCCAGCCGCAGAGUGCUUUGGACUACUAGGGAUUAACGGGGCAGGAAAAACAACCACCUUCAAGAUGCUGACGGGGGACAUCGCCGUCUCCGGAGGAGAGGCCUUCCUAAACGGAUACAGCAUACGGACAGAGAUGAGGGACGUUCACCAGAACAUGGGCUAUUGCCCGCAGUUUGACGCCCUCAACGACCUUCUCACCGGACGAGAGCAUCUGGAGUUCUACGCCAGACUACGAGGCGUACCGGAGAAGGAAGUCACCAUGGUGGCAGAGUGGGGCAUCCAGAAGCUUGGCCUGGUCAAAUAUUCCAACAAGUCAGCCGGUACCUACAGCGGAGGGAACAAACGCAAGCUCUCCACCGCCAUGGCUCUGAUUGGUUGUCCUCCUGUGGUCUUCCUGGAUGAGCCAACGACAGGGAUGGACCCCAAAGCCAGACGCUUCCUGUGGGACUGUAUCCUGAGUGUCAUCAAAGAGGAACGCUCGGUCAUCCUAACAUCACACAGCAUGGAGGAGUGUGAGGCCCUGUGCACACGCAUGGCCAUCAUGGUGAAUGGACAGUUCAAGUGUCUGGGCAGCAUCCAGCAUCUCAAGAGCAGGUUCGGGGACGGCUACACUGUGAUCGUGAGGGUGGGCGGCUCACCCCCCGCUCUGGGCCCCGUGGAGGAGUUUGUCCACGAGACCUUUCCGGGUAGCGUACUGAAGGAGAAGCACCACAACACUCUGCAGUACCAGCUCCCCCUCAGCAAGGGCGCUCUGGUCAGCAUCUUCAGCCAGUUCACCACUCAUCAGCAGAGGCUGGGUGUGGAGGACUACUCUGUCUCCCAGACCACUUUGGAUCAGGUCUUUGUCAACUUUGCCAGGUACCAACAUGAGGAGGACAAACAUGCUACUUAUGACAACAAAGUGGACGUGUCCGACGAAAUGCCAAUGAAAACUCAGAACUCACCUGUCCCAGAGAACGCCUGA